CUUUGUUCUUGCUAUCUUAUAUUAUUGUCUUCCAUGUCACAUCCUUGGCCAUGCAUGUGAUAUGGAAAUACUACGUGUUCACAUAAAUUGCGACUUGUAGGGAAUAAUUGAUUGAUUAUGGUGCCAACGGUGGACGACCGCAUUGCUCCUGGACAUGGGAAGAUAACCUGCUCUCUCAAUGGUGUAUCGGUUGUGUUCUCAGAACUGUCGUCGACAUACCCUCUCAAGCUCCUUUCUCCCCGGGUGGCCGACAAUGAUGUAGCCAUAGUGUAUGUGAUGAACUAUGGGGGCGGUCUUGUCUGCGGAGAUCGCAUCAAGUUGCAGGUACGAGCGGAGGGUGGAAGCAAACUCCUAUUGCUAUCUCAGGGAUCGACCAAGGUCUUUAAAGCGCGUUCCGCCAACCGGGCAUCAGCUCGUUUGGGGAACUUGCCGACUGACGCCAACCUACUUAACAAUGCCACGACGACGCAGCUGAUGGACAUAUACGUUGCACCCACAAGUGCUGUCUUCCUCCUCCCGGAUCCUGUGACAUGCUUUCGAUCUGCGUCAUAUACCCAAGUGCAGAGGUUUCACCUUUCAAAUGGUGCCUCGUUGGUCCUUCUGGAUUGGUUCACGUCGGGUCGCAGGUCACUAGGAGAGGAAUGGGUAUUUUCGCGUUAUUUCAGCGUGAAUGAAGUCACGGUUAAUGGGCGACGCAUCGCUAAGGACGUCAUGCUACUUGAAGAGCCUCUACACGACGACGAUGCAGCCGUUGUCACGCAUCGGCCUAAUAGGUCACGGCGUUCGCUAAGUGACAGGCUCAAGCCUUACUCAUGCUAUGCAACGCUCAUUGUCUGUGGUCCCCUCGUACACGGUGUCGUUGCCCAGUUGAAGGACAAGUUAAGAUCUUGCUACGUCUUGAGCAUGGCCGCACCCCCACGCGUGCUGUGGGCUAUGACCCCUGUGGAUGAUGGAAAUACCUUCGUAAUAAGAGCAGCAGGACUGGAGACGGAGGACGUGAAAGAUUGGCUACGUGAAUCCCUCAAACCCCUCGAAGAAGUUGUUGGCAUCGACACAUAUCGCAAAGCAUUCUCGUAGUCACUCCACAUCAGACCUCCAAAUAUUCAAAUAACACGUCAACUUCCACUUGCAUGGCAUGGUUCUCCGCCGCGAAUAUGAUGAUAACAUUCCAAAGGAUCAACGUGACGAGGUCGUUACCAUCUGUCAACCCACCAGAUACCCAGGUGUUACGAUUUGCGGGUUCAGGCAGACAAGGCGCACUAGGUGAGCAGGACCAGGGGAAAUUGAAUGGAGCGGUUU